CCCGCUCCUUACUCCCGAGGAGCCGCUGCGGGGGGAGCAUGGAGCGCUCAGCCGCCAGCCCGGAGGCGCUUCCUGCCGGAGCCGCGGCGCGGACGCGGGACGGGCGCGCAGCGGGAGCGGCCGGACUCUUACAUUAUGGGAUUGAAUGGAACCAGGGGGGGAAAUAGCGGAAUGAAAACGACGUGUCUCUUUUAACAUGAAAAUGAAAAGGACCCCACCAUAAAGAGAAGGGAGGGAAGCUAUCUGCUAGCAGCUUAUAUAUGCUUCAGAUCUCUGCAGAAAAUUUACUGUCUUUGUUUUGGAAAGAGCUCCCCAGAUAGGACGGUACCAUGUAUACAUUCCUGCCCGAAAACUUCACUCCGGUGAAGCAAAAAGCACCCAAGGAGCUGAAGCCGAUGGUAGUUGCCAUAGUGCUGGGGCUGAUACUUUUCAUUGCGGCAGUGAUCGCUUGGUGCUAUUAUGUGGCUUCCCUUCGGAAGGCAGAGAGACUGAAGACAGAACAGAUGGACUUGAAGUCGGAUGGGUUCAUCAUCAAAAAUCAGAACGGAGAGGUGGUCUUCAAGGUGGCCUUCCAAUCAGGGGCCUUGGAUCUGGAGUCGUGCUCCAAAGAGGGGGAAAUUCUAACCUGCACCAGGUCAGACAAAGGGAAGCUCAAUUUUUUCAUACAGACGGUCAAGCCCAAAGACACAGUGAUGUGCUACCGUGUCCGGUGGGAGGAGUUUGUGGCGGACACCGUGGUGGGACACAAAAUGUUCUGGGGGGACGCCCACUGGUAUGGGGGUUGUGAGAUGAGUGUGCAGCACUGGCCAAUCAUGCUCCCAGGAUACCAAGAACCCAUGCCAUUCGUGACAAGCGAUGUGUAUUCAUUCAGGAACAGCUUUGGAGGCAUCUUGGAGCGAUACUGGGUUUCCUCCAAAGCAGCCGCCAUCAAGAUUAACGACUCGGUGCCCUUUCACCUUGGGUUCAAUGCUUCUGAAAGGUCACUGUUCUUCCAGGCCCGGUAUAAAGAUUCCCCUUAUAAGCCUCCCUUGGGACAGCAGCCUUUCCCAGAGCUGAGUUAUCGUGUGUGCAUAGGUUCAGAUAUCACAUCCAUCCACAAAUACAUGGUACGGAGAUAUUUCUACAAACCUUCUAAGAUACCUUCAGAAAAUGCCUUCAAGUAUCCCAUCUGGUCCACUUGGGCCUUGUACAAAAAUGACAUUGACCAGGAUAAGUUGUUGCGCUUUGCAGAGAAGAUUAAAAUGUACAAAUUUAACUGCAGCCAUAUAGAAAUAGAUGACACUUACACACAAGCGUAUGGCGAUUUUGACUUUGAUCCAAUAAAAUUCCCAAACGCGACAGAAACAUUUAAGAAGCUCCGAGAAGAUGGGUUUAAGAUCACACUGUGGAUCCACCCAUUCAUAAACUACAACUCCUCCAACUUUGGGGUUGGGAUAGAGAGGCAGCUUUUUAUCAAAGAGCCAACAGGAAGGCUUCCUGCCAUGGUCGAGUGGUGGAAUGGCAUUGGUGCCAUCUUGGAUUUCACCAACCCUUCAGCCAGAGAUUGGUUUCAGAGUCACUUGAGGCUACUUCGCUCCAAGUAUGGCAUAUCGUCUUUCAAGUUCGAUGCUGGGGAGACAAACUAUCUUCCCAAACAGUUCAGCACCUUCCGUCCCUUGUCUGAUCCCAGCAUUUGGUCCAGGCGAUACACAGAAAUGGCUAUCCCUUUUUAUGAGCUGGCUGAGGUCCGAGUUGGCUACCAGUCUCAGAACAUCUCUUGCUUCUUCCGGAUUAUUGACCGGGAUUCGGUAUGGGGAUAUGAACUUGGGCUGAAGUCCUUGAUACCUACCGUCCUGACGAUCAGCAUGCUGGGAUACCCUUUCAUAUCAGCUGACAUGAUUGGUGGAAACUUUUUCCCCAACAAGACGGAUGGUGCUGUGGAAAUCCCAGAUCAGGAACUUUAUAUCCGCUGGUUAGAAUUGUCAGCCUUCAUGCCGUCCAUGCAGUUCUCCAACCCACCCUGGCUCUAUGACAAAGAGGUCAUAGAAAUCGCCCAAAAGUUCACACGGCUCCAUGAAUCUUUGGUUGCCCCUCUCUUGUUGGAGUUGGCUGGGGAGAUCACCGACACCGGAGAUCCCAUUAUACGGCCCAUCUGGUGGAUUUCUCCCAACGAUGAGGCGGCACACAAAAUCGAUUCCCAGUUUCUGAUUGGGGACACUCUCAUGGUGGCUCCGGUCUUGGAAGUGGGAAAGCAAGAGCGAGACGUCUACCUCCCCGCUGGCAAAUGGCGCAGUUACAAAGGAGAGUUGUUUGAAAAGACACCCAUCUUGCUCACGGACUACCCAGUCGACCUGGACGAGAUCGCUUAUUUUGUUUGGGUCUCCUAAUCUACUUCAGCUUCCAUGGCCAACAGCAUUUUAGCUUUGUGAAAGUAAUCAUGCCUUAUUCUAUUACCGUAAAAACUAAUCAUCCCUGUGGUAAGGGAAGGGGGAAACUGGCAAUGGUUGCACAUGAAUCUUUCAAAGAUGUGAAAGAUCUAGCCCUGGUUGAAUUUCUAGGAGGAGGUGAAGUGAAUGUCACAAGAUAUGCACAGGAAGCAAAGGACCUUUUUAGACCCCACUCAGAAAACCAAGAGCUCCUCUCUCUCUCGGUUGCUUCAUGUGCACACACUCGAACAUAUUUCUUCCGUUUUUAAAAUAUGCCAUUAGAGCCACAGGCAUGCCGCUCUUGGCUCUUCAAAAUCCAUGAAAAAGCCUAGUACCUUUGACUGGGCUCCAAGUAGCAGGCUGCGAGCUGGACGAUGCAGGCUGGGUCUUUCCAUAAGCUACAGGAAUCUCUUCCUUGACCUCUUCAAAUGUGAGCCAAGGGAAGCUUGCAUAUGCAGAAGGCAACGCGCCCUGCGAAAGGGACUGAGAUUUUCGGAAGGGGCAACAUGCAGGGUUUCCACAGCACAACUCGCCUUAAGUUUUACAAUGCAGUAAGCUAUUGUUUGAAAUAACUUUUUUUCUAAAGAGGGUAAAUCUAAUUAUUGUAGGCAUAGAUGUAUGUGUAUAAAUAUUUUUUUUCCUUGUCUCGUGUUGGGCAAGGCUGGAAAUAUGAUCAAUAAAAUCCCUUCAGAACUGGGCUGGGCAGGUUACUCAGCUCUGGGGUCUUUGGAGGAACACCCAGUGGGGGCUUCUUGACUGUCUGAGGCAGUCCUUCCCUGCUGGCCACCUUCCUUCCUGCACAAUUUCUGGAUAGCAAAAGGUCUCUGCUGUGGAUGUGACAAUCCCAGAUGUCUUUUAAAGAGAUGUUUCAGGACGCUGAAAUCCUUCCUUUCCCCCAGGCAUCUCAGCAUUGUCAAAGAUGCCUCUCUAGCUGGAUUGAGGCCUGGCUCAAUCAAGGUAUACCCAUCACCUCCUCGGCCUGUGCCCCGCCAGCCAGUGGUAGCGCAGGCUCAGGAGGGAAUGCCACUCACGUCCCUUGCCACCCAUGGCUGGAGUGGAGCAGUCGUUUAGCCAGAGAACCAGUCCUGGCGUUGUUGGUAUAGGACGGUUUCCUUUCAGCGCUUUACUAAUUCCCAGGAAGAGCAUCUAACUGCACCCUAAUAAAGUGCGACUUCUCUGGUCCAUGGCCCCCUUAGAUCCUCUGUUAAGGAGGGAGGUACGAAGGGAGGGGGACCCAAACUUUUACUGUUGAAUUUCCAACUGGAAAAAGAAUAAAAUUGUUGUGCCAAAUGGGUAGGCUUGUGACUUCUUUUCCAAGACUGUAAAGAAAUGGAAACUGGCAUUUGAGGGGAGCGGCCGUGGCUCAACAGGGGAGCAUCCACGCGGCAUGCAGAAGGUCCUGGAUUUAACCCCAGGCGUCUCCACUUAAAAGGAUCUGGUAGUGGGUGACGUGAAAGAAUUCUGCCUGCGACCACGGAGAGCUGCUGCUAGUCUGAGUAGAUAACACUUGCCAUGAUGAACCGAUGGUCUCAUUCGGUAUAAGACAGGUUCAUAUGCCCACAUCUUGCCCGGUAAAGCAUAGAUGCCUGUUUUUCAUUAGGAAAAGGUAACUUUUUUAUAGGUCGAUCACAGUUACCUUCUCUGGAAUCACAUUGACGUUUCAGCAGCUCCUAUUCAGCAUCCCGUUCGGUGCAGUGGUUACGAGCGGCAGGACUCUAAUCUAGAGAACUAGGUUUGAUUCCCCACUCCUCCACUUGAAGCCAGCUGGGUGACUUUGGGUCAGUCACAGCUUCUCAGAGCUCUGAUUGUCGCAAGGAUAAUAAUAACACUUUGUAAACCGCUCUGAGUGGGCGUUAAGUUGUCCUGAACGGUGGUAUAUAAAUCGAAUGUUAUUGUUGUUAUUAUUAUCCCACAUAUAACUGGUAAUUGGAGCAUCCUUGGAGAAACUGACUUGUCAUAACGUUCUGUUAAUUCUCCUGAGUACAAGGAAGUUCUACAGAGAUGUCUCAAGGACUUCCCAUUUUUACAAUCUCCAAAUUAUUAAUAAGUGGUGAGGUGCGCAAAGGGUUGCGCAUAUUUAGCUUUUAAAGAUGUUUAUAAAUUCACCUCAUAUAAUUGCUCAUGAACCGGCAAAGAAGAAUUAUGCAGUUCUGGUCAUUCCGUCUAAAAAAAUUGUGGAGCUGGGACGGGGGCAAGAAAGGACAGCCAAAGUAUCAAGAGAUUGGAAUCCCUUCCCUACAAGAAAAAGCUGAGGAGUUCAGAGAUUUUCUGAUUUAGAGAACAGUUAACUAAUGGGAUACAUGAUCGUUUAUAAGCUCCCCCCCCCAUUGUAUUAAGUCCCUCAAAUUAUUUUAUUUAUUCGAUUAUUAUUAUUUAUUCAAUUUGCAAUCCGCUCUUCCCGCCAAGCAGGCUCAGAGCGGCUAACAUGCAUAGAGUCAAUACAGUAAAAAUAUAACCACAGUUAAAUAACAUUAUAUAAAAUAUAAGAAUUGUAGGAAAGAGAAAGAAUCCAGUAGCAUCUAUAAGACUUACACAAUUUCUGGUAGAGUAUGAGCUUUUGUAAGUCACAGCUCACUUCUUCAGAUACCUGAGACUCAGGAAAGCUCAUACCCUACCACAAAUGUUGUUAGCCUUAUAGGUGCUACUGGCCUCUUGCUCUUUUCUAUUGCUACAGAGAGACUAACACGGCUACCCAUCUUGAUCAGUUAAAUUGGUUGGCUGUAGUUUCAGGACUGACAAACCAAAGUAAUUCUCACCAUUAACGUACGGAGGUAGUGAUGGCCGCUACAUUUAAACUGAAAGGGGACUAGACAAGUUUAUUGAGGAUUAGUCUAUCAAAGGCUAUUACAUUAGCCAGGAGAAUAAUUCAGUCUAGCCUCCAGAUCCAAAGGCUGUAUACCACAUGAGGGCCAGUUGCUGGGGGGAGGCGAGAAGGAGAAGGUAAACCUUUGGUACAUCUUAUGUUCUUAAGCGCAUCAUGCACUGGAAACUUAAGAGGAGCAGCGUGGAGAGGGUAGAAUGACAAGGGAGACAACAGAAAGUAAACUGCAACAGAGUGGGGCAAACACAGGCAUGACCUAAAGGUCAGGGAACUUCUUCACACAUGACAGAGUACACAGAUUGGACCUGGGUCAGACUUAACACAUUCAUGCGUGAGUGGGUUUUUUUCCUUCAUUUCUGCACGGGCAUUGCCCGAUUAGGAUCGAGACUGUGGGGCAUGUGGAGAAGAGGCAGCGUCCUCUCCUGCACCCUUGCCCAGUCUGAAACAGUCUGGGGCGGGGGACGACCACUGGGCCCAUUGGGGAACCCUACGUGUAUUCUAGAGACCACGCUUAGAGCAAUGAUUUUUUUUACAGAUUUAUUUGUAUGUCCCUUUCCCAUCUAAAACCAAAGCUGGAGGGGCUAGACUACCCAAGGGAGAGAUGCUGAACUCCCCCUCUCUGUCUUCCUCCCUUGCAUCAGCACCAAGCAUUCCUCCCCCCACCAUUCAGCUUGCUUCUAACAUUGGAAUCAGGCUGGGGUUAAACACACACAAAAGACAGUAUGGAGAAGUUGAGGGUGGGUGGGUUCAGCUCUCUCCCCUCCUGCAACCUUUCUGAGGUAAAAAACCAGACUGUCCCAACCCCCAUUUCAGGCUUGCAUUAAAUGCAAUUUAGGGUUGCCAAACCCCCCAGGUGGGACCUUCCAAAAUGGCAGCUGCUUUCCAGACUAGAGAUACCAGUUCCCUUGGAGAAGACAGAUUGUGUCAUCACACACACUACACUUGAUCUUAGCCAAAAGACCGAGAAGCAAUAUUUUCUCUUUGCAUAAUUUGUAUGGUGGU